AUGCCACUUUUGUCCAAGAAUCUGUUCCACCAUAAUGCACAGAGUGCGGGCGGCGAAUCGGACCCGACCGGGUCCGGGCAGCACACCCCGCCGCUGCUGAAACGCAGCUCCAAAUCGUUUUUGAGCUUCAUGAGCAGGAAACCAAGUAUAGACUCCAUCAAGAGCGACAAAUCGGUGGAGUCCUCGUACGUCAUGAACCCGGCAACACACCCGGCGGGGUCCCACAACGUCUCGAGUAUAGAUAGCGGGCACUCCUCGCCAAGAGAUCACCAUCACCAACAACAUGCUCACCACCAACUGCACCCGGGGCACCAACUGCCGCAUGGGGGGCAUGGUCACCCGCAGCAACAGCAGCAAAAUCAUCCAGGGAACGAACUGCACUCGAAUAUAUCUCCAAAACCGUCGCAUUCCAUGUCCGAAUUGAAACGGUUCUUCAGGUCUUCUAAGAAGUCCGUCGCGAAUUUGCACCUGUUGACCACGACGAAUACCUCCGCUACUAACGCCUCCUCCACCCAACAACAACAACAACAACAACACCACCCCCAUCAACAUCAUGGAGACCACCCUCCUACGGACCACCACCCUUAUUCCACCACCACUUUGAAUCUAAACGCACACUAUAUGAACCCUAACGACCAUAAAUCGCACACCCAAUCAGCGAUCCCGCCAAGCACAGACUCAGUGCUGUCUUUAUCGAACACGAUAAAUAUCUACCAUGACGAUACGAUAUUGGCCCAGAAGUACGGGAGACUCGGGAAGAUGCUGGGUUCCGGUGCAGGCGGGUCUGUGAAGGUGCUGGUGCGCCCCACGGACGGGGCCACUUUUGCAGUCAAGGAGUUCCGCCCGAGGAAAUCAAGCGAGUCCAUCAAGCAGUACGCCAAAAAAUGUACCGCUGAGUUCUGCAUUGGCUCCUCGUUGCACCACCCAAACGUCGUGCAAACAAUAGACAUUUUCUCGGACUUCAACCAGAACAAGUACUUCCAAGUCAUGGAGUACUUACCGGUAGAUUUUUUCGCAGUCGUGAUGACAGGGCUCAUGUCCCGUGGGGAGAUCAACUGCUGUUUCAAACAGAUUGCCCAGGGGGUUAGGUACUUGCACUCCAUGGGGCUCGCACACCGCGACUUGAAACUGGAUAACUGUUGCAUGAACGGGAACGGGAUCUUGAAAUUGAUCGAUUUCGGGUCCGCUGUCGUGUUCAGGUACCCCUUCGAGAACACGAUCACUAUGGCCCACGGAAUCGUCGGUUCGGACCCGUAUUUGGCCCCGGAGGUCAUCACCUCGACCAAAUCGUACGACCCAGAGUGUGUCGAUAUCUGGUCGAUGGGGAUCAUUUUCUGCUGCAUGAUGCUGAAACGGUUCCCCUGGAAGGCACCGAAACUCACGGACGACAACUUCAAGCUGUACUCCAUGCCAGACGAUUUCCCACACGACUACUCUCAGUCUGCUAAACACCACGAACACUUGCUGAAGGAGCGCCGCGAGAAGAGAGAAGGUGUUCCUGCAGAUGUAGGGCACAGACCACCAACGGCAGUGACACAACAAGGUGUGAAUAAGAUCCCAACGCCACCUAAGGAUGCCGUGGAACCAAAAGAGGACGGUGACUUUGUAAAGAAUGAAGAAGAUCAAGAAGAACAAGAACAAGAAGAAAAUGACAAUGAUGAUAAUGACUCCACUAAGUCCACCGAUAAGGACAAAACGAAAGCUCCAGCAAAGGAAACGAAAACUACCGUGACACCGGCAACUACACAAUCGGUUAUUGACCAACAACCCCGGGGAAAUGUCAUACCGAAAGUGCAAGCUCCCCCCGCACACCAGGGGGACAACCAAGACGAAAAGUCUAUUGUCUCGACCAAGACGCAGGUGACGAAAACAUCGUCACACCCACAAAGCGGGAAACCUCACCACCACAAGAAGGUCAUCCACGGGCCAUACAGACUGCUGAGGUUGCUUCCUCACGCAUCAAGACCCAUUUUGUCCAAGAUUCUGGAUCUGGAUCCACAGAAGAGGGCAACGAUGAUCGAUAUCUUUGAUGACGAGUGGUUUGACGAUAUCUCAUAUUGUACUAUCGACAUGAAGAACAACACCGUGCGGGCACCGGGACACCACCACACUAUUGUGAAGGACGACAAGACGUACAAAGUAUGA